AUGCCGGCCGAUAGACUCCUCAAUACCGUCCUGCAGUAUUACCAGGACGUCCACGAUGCUGCCAAGACGGACCAAAUCAUUGGCAGCACCACCCAUCUGCUCACCCAGCUCUCCAACCCGCUCAACCUCGGGGUCCUUACCUCCCAGCUUCUCACAGCCCCAGCCAUCUGGCACCGAAACGACGGAGCGAAAACCGCAAUACGAAUAAUCAGCGUCUAUCACACCGCGGCUGUUCGUGUACGCGAUAACCAACUCGAGGGCUCCAAACCAGAAGGCCGUUCUGACGGUGGAGGUCUCCGAUGCGACGAAUGGACGCGAGCCGUAGUCAAGGGGGCCGAUGAGAGGUCAAGGCGAUGGCAGCACCUGCUUGUCUUGACUGGCGUCCUUAUGGGCAUGGAGGGAUAUGAUCGACACUCUUUGUCGAGAGCAUUGCGCAACACAUUGGAGCAGGCCAUUGUUAUGGCGGCCAAUCUCGCUCUAGAGGAAAAUGUCCAAGAUGGCCCUGCGGCUGCCGUGUCCGUUGUCACGGCGCUGAACUUUGCGUUUCCUAUAUUAUCUGAGUUUCACCGAGCUCAGAUCAACUGUGAUGCGUUGCUGCCGAUCGCUGUUUGGGCCAUUACUGGAGAGGAAGGCUUUUGCGAUGCGCAGUUUCUCAGAACAGUGAGUCAAGACACCACAUUGCAGCCCGGCCACGUCUUCUCCUGGCCCGAACGAUCCUCUUCAUGCCAGCUGUUGCGACAGAUGGAGAAGCAACCUUUAAUGGCGAACAUGGGCCCGCUCUCCAAGCUGGCAGCCUUUGCUGUGCAGCAUGCAACCGACACAACCGUGGUGAUGCAGGCGCAUGAUGCGCUGUUGGUCUUCACCACCAGAGUUUUCGAUGCAUGGCAAAAGAAUCGCCUUAGCGAGAUUGAUGCCUCCUUUGAAAGCUCUUAUUUGAGUCCUGAGACGGCGCAAACCACCUGGCCAUUGCUAUGGCAAGUCUUCAGGAAGCUCAUGUUCGGCACGACGGCUGUUCUGCAGGCCAUUGUUGCUCGCAGUUUGCUGGAUCCGCACAUGUUGGUGCCCGGCUUGGCUGCCAGCAUCGCCUCCAGGUCGUUGCAAAUCUUGCGGAACCUCUUCUUCAUCUCCAGCCGCAAUGGAAAUAGCUCGUUCCAAGUAUACACAUUCUCAUAUAUGACUUCUAUCGACGUGCUGAGCCGAGAUGGCCUAGCUACCGAGGCAUUUCUUCGAGAGAUUCGACCUGCCGACGCAAUUCUCAAUCCCUCGGCGAACCUUCAAAUGAAUCUCGAUUUAUUCUAUCUCAACGUGGCAGAACACCUGCCUCUCUCCCUCCCCACCGAGGCAUGCGAGCUGCUCAUCGUCAAGCCCGCAAUCGCAUACCUCUCCCAAGAAGGGCCCAUGUCUGCAUCCAAGACGGAAAUCUUCGAAUCCGCCCACAGCGCUAUUCUGUCCGUCCUCUCGUGUCCCCAACAUAGCGCACUCACCAUCAAGAUUACGCCUUUUUACAUUGUCAAAGUCUUCGACUCCUUCCCUCAGCAUAUAUCGCCCCGUCAGUUUAGAGUAGCCUUCAAGACCGUCAUGGAAAUCGUCUCCCCGCCUUUCCCCAUCGCUGCCAUGGAACCACACAUGUCGGAAACGCUGUUGGAUAUGCUCCGUACAAACACCAAGACCGCCAGCACGACGCUGCUACCCGCCUCCCCGGACGCUGUGUCACGCGCACUCGAGGAGACCAGGGAGGAGCCGCUUUCAGAGCAAAGCGCCCUUGUUAUGACGCUUGUGGAUUCUUUGCCGUUCCUGCCUCUGCCACUGGUAGAGGAGUGGUUGGCAAUAACUGCCCAGGCCAUGAACGAGAUUGAGGAUCCUCGGCUGAGACUGCCGGUUAAGAAGAGAUUCUGGGAUGUGCUCGUGAACGGAGAAAUGGACGUGGAGAGAUCAACGAUUGGGGUGGCGUGGUGGGGGACAAAGGGAGGCAGGGAGUUGGUGUUGUUUGGGGGCGCUCCUGAACCGCCCUUGAUGAGCGGUGCGUUGGGCAAGGACACGACGAGUCGGUUGUAG